CCGAAAAUAAUCCUUUUUUUUUUUCUUUUUGUUUCUGACGGACGCAUCCUAUCAGGAACGGGAGGUAGACGGGCGCUACUGCUCCCAUGUUUCCUCUUCUGAUCGCGCUCAUCUGCGUGUCUCUGGCUUCUACCAGCACGAGAGGUUGAACAUGCUGAAGUGGUGUGAUGUUCAGAGUUCCAUCAGAGAAAGUCUCUGCAUUCCAAGUCUCCCCCCAUCGCUUGGAGAAAUCGUCGCGAAGGAAAGAUCUUCGAGGAGGUCAUUCAGGCAGAUUCCGGACCAAGGGUGGACACGCGCUACUCGUCUUACGCACAGUACUAUGAGAACCAGACUAAAAAAAAAAAAUUUAAAAAAAAUAAAAAGAAAAAGAAAAAGAAAAAGAGAGAGAGGUAUCUGAUUUCAGAUUGCAGGGGUUGGUUGUGCUUACGCUCCAUCACUAUUAUUAUUGCAAUUUGCUAUCACCCUCCGUACUUCGCUACGCCCGAGCACUCGACACGAUUGCUGUUUUAAUUUUCUAUCAACCAUUGCCCUUGCACUUUGCUCAUACUCAUUGAAUGGUGCCAGCGACUGCCGAGGAGAUGCUCGUGGGCGGAGACAAGAGGGGGAAAAUGGAGGAGAAAGAGCUGCGAUGCGGCUUCAACCAUUCAUCGCCGAUGGAGACUGGGUUAAACUAGUGUAUGGUAUGGAGACGGUGGAGAAGAGCGGAGACACACAGUCGCAUUUUGUCCAGAGGGCUGCUUCCAGUGUUAAAUUGCGAGCUAAAGAUAAGAUAAUCUAGAUCUGGAUCGGUUCAGCGACUUUUAUUACUGUUCCUUUGCAGCGGUGAUAUCGCGCAGUGAUAAGAGCGAGCGACACAUUUGGCUGUGACAGAAUAAUACGCCGUGGAUAUGGGACUGGCGUUUUUGUCCAAUUUUUUCUCUUGCUAAAACAUUUGAUGGAUUUGCGAAAAAUCCCGAGUUAAACGGGGCCCGCGGUGCAAGGGAAGCAAAGCGCGUUGCUGAGGAAUGAGGGGAGAGAGAUAUAGAUCCGUGCUAACGACGACCUUUGCUCGAUUUUGGCUUUUGUCCUAUUUUUUUUUCCCGUAUGCCAUAGUUCAUAUCUCUAAUCUCGAGGUAUCUGGCUUCUAGCAUAUUCCUGGAAGUUAUCCCCAAGAACCACAAACCUGGAUCACAUUAACUCAUGCGUUGACUUCGGCCCGCUAUGAACCCUUUCUUGACAAGGCAUGGAACAGCAUUCCGCCUUUCGUAUCCCUGGAUGAAUGUGUGAACUUUAAUCGAACUACUUCGGAUUAUUAGCCACAUCCGGGCAGGGAGGACAACCAAAUAUUCAAUAUGUAGCGUACAUGGGACGGACAGAUUCAAGCCUGCUCUGAGUGUGUGAUUAUUGUGUUUUCAGCUGCCGCUGUUGCUUUUAGAGCAUCUCAAUAAAGCAUACAUCCUCCGUCUUCGUUGCUACGCAGCGUACUAUGUACUUGUGCAAACAUGCAAUAAUAACUAUAGUUGGAGUCGAAGAAACAAACGCGCUUGGCAAAAUGCAAAGGAAAAGCCAAGGAAAAAGAAAAGCAAAGAAAAAAGCCGUUCAGCACUCGCAUCAUCCCAUCCAUCCCAUCCCCAAGGACCCCCAACCCCCUUCCAUCCAACCAUUCGACACACCCUGUGCAGCGGCAUGGGAGGCCCGCAAGCAAGCAGGAAAGUUUCCUUUCGGUGCGGCUAGUUACAGGGGAUCUCCUGCUAGGCUGCUUCUUCUUCCCCAGCACGUACCCGUCAAUAUCCACAGUACCACGGAAUUAACCCGAAUUCCAAGUCCCAUUCAGAUUUCCCAUUGCAGUUUAAAAUAACUAGUUGACUGGACGAUGCAAAGAAUUCCGAAAAGAAGCAGAGAAGAGAGAAAGGAAACGGCUUUCCAAAAAGCCCCGUCAUUCAUUCACUUUCAACAUAUGAAACAAGAUUGCCCGCCCAUUAUCGUUUUUCGAGUCAUGACAUCGCACCAGAGGUUCGACUGUACCCGCUCCCCGUAACUACUCGUACGGAGCAUGUGCUCAGAAGAGCGACUCCGUCGGCUGCAAUUCUGAUACGUGAUGGGUGCCGCCGCCACAACAUCCGAA